AAAAGCUCAACCUCCUGCUCUCAUUGUUCGAUAAGUGUGGUGCACGUAUUGGCCAAAGGGCUAUCUGAAAUUACCCCCUUAAGACCCUCCACAGUAUCCAUCCCAAUACCGUCCGAACCACAAUUUUCACACCAUCACUUCUCAGAGCAGUGGCAUAUCACCGGAAUAUGGGUACCCGGUUCCUACCAGAUCGUACCAACAGUAUAAGCGAGCGAGCUACCAACGCCAGAAGUCGUAAUGAGCAUCAAACGACACCAUCUCAACGGCCUCCCACCGGCAAAUACGUCCUUAGUUUAGACUGUGAGGAGCUACUCAAACUCAGUACAAACAGACCGGGGAUAUACGUGGCCAAAACCGUGGACGAGUUGAUGCAACAUCUCCAGUUAGAGGCCCUCAUUGCGGUUCCUAUUCUACACGAGAUCAAGAUAAAGAUGUUCCAUACCUGCGGUCCUGUCGAACUACAAGAGGGAUCGUGUCUGAGGGCAUUGACAGGAAUUGGUGCUUGGUUGGUCAGUCGAUAUGAAGAAUUUGGGAAACCUGCUCGAUGUGAGCCUGAGGUUGAUGUCGAUACCAGGGAUUGGGCUGAUCCUGACGCCAUACUGCAGGUAUUCAUUGAUCAGGCGGGGAAUGGCGUGGAUUGAAUUCUCCUUGUGGGCACGGCUUAGUUUUUCACCAGCGCAACGAAAAUUCCGAUGCAAGUCGGUAUAGAAGGUGUUACCGCUGCCUGUCACCACGUCGAAUCACCGGAGCGCGAGGCGGCCAACAACUGUCCCUUGACAGUCAGGUCGGCAAGAAGUUUAGUUGACAGGAUCGGUAUAUCGGCAUAUUAGCUGUUGCCAGAUUCUGUCAAUUUAAAGCAAUAGCACGACAACAUACUUAUCUUUCGGUCACUGCUGACACCUGACCAU